CACUGACUAAGAACUCGCGCGCAGCUGCUGAACACAUUCACAGAUCUCCUGAAGAAAUGUUAUGACUACAGUAGUGAGAAGAGUCUGUCUGUGACAAUAUUUGUUUCGUCUCUCGUCAGAUUCAUGCACUUUUAAGGUAAAGAAGCAAAAUGGCACACCCUCUGCAUCUCCUGUUUGGUGUAAAUACAUUGUCUGUGAUUUUAUCACUGGUCUGUAUCGGUGAUUCUAGCACAAAAUAUGGAGAAGACUGUGAAUUGAUGCAGAUAAAGAUCCCAAUGAUCCAGGACCAAAGCACAGUGAGACUUCAGAGCCCAGAAUUCACUGCUAAUGAUUUCGGCAAGCCGGUAGUAAUGUGUGGGGUUGAGUGCCAAAAAAAUCUGCCAGAGCUGAAGCCCACUGAGCUGCAAAGACUACUCUCAUAUGAAACAAUGUACGAGAACGGAACGCGCACCUUCACAAAAAUCAAACUGGAUGGGGUCACUGUUGUUAAAAACACGUCGUCUUUUGUUUUCUGCAAACAAGGACACUCCAAACGUAGAAAACGACAGGUAUACGGCAUGGAUGGGCGUUUUGUGAUCACAGAUAAACAUUUUACCACCAAUUACCCAUUUUCUGCCUCUGUGAAGCUCUCCACUGGUUGCUCGGGUAUCCUGGUGUCACCAAAACACGUUCUGACCGCUGCUCACUGUGUUCACGAUGGACAAGACUACCUGAAAGGAAGCAGGAGUCUCCGAGUGGGCAUCAUGAAGCUUAGCUCCAAACGCAGAAGAGGACGUCAACGAGGAGGCAAGAGGAGAGGAGAAAAGAUAAAAAAUGGUGGAGUGGGAAAUACAGAAGGAGAUGUAGCCACUGAAGAACCUCUAGUUAAAAAAGGCAAGGAACACAGGAGAAAGAACCGUAUUAGACGUGACACCAAUCGGUCCAAACUUACAGAGACAGACUCUAAGCAACCAUCAUUGCGGUGGACUCGUGUCAAAGUAACACAAGUGCCAGCCGGCUGGAUAAACAGAGUUCGUAAUGAAGUCGCAGUCGACUACGAUUACGCCCUACUGGAGCUGAAAAGACCCCAUAAGACAAGGUACAUGGAAUUAGGCAUCGUUCCUGCAGUAAAAUACAUCCCCGCUGGAAGAAUCCACUUUUCUGGUUUUGAUAAUGAUCAAUCAGGGAAGGUGGUCUACCGUUUCUGUUCAGUCUUAGAGGAAUCCAACGACCUACUGUACCAGUACUGUGAUGCUACAAAGGGAUCUAGUGGAGCAGGUGUGUAUGUAAGGUUACAAGAGCCAAACAGAAAACGGGGAGAAAAAGGGAAGUGGAAGAGAAAAGUUAUCGGUGUGUUUUCUGGACACCAGUGGGUGGAUGUCAAUGGAACACAGAAGGACUAUAAUGUGGCAGUUAGGAUUACACCUCCAAAAUAUGCCCAGAUAUGCAACUGGAUACAUGGAGAUGGCAGUCAGUGUAAACUGGUGUAAAUCCUGCCUAGUGAACAAAACCCAAUUUGUAACAUUUAACUUUAUGUCAUCAGGACCUCAGAAACUUGAUGUUUGGGGUCAAGUGAAUGUGACCUGACUGAUUAUGAUACUGCACAAACAAUGCAUCGGUCAUAGAAAUGUCCGCUGUGAGAUGAAGUUCGAUGCAGUAGUAUUUAUUUGGUUCAAAUGGUUACAUUUCAAGAUUGUUUGUCUUAAAUUUAAGAUUGUUGUUCACUUCACGUUCAGACCAUGUUUAUGUUAAAAACCCAAUAUUGUAUGUUUUCAAUUGUUUCCAAUGGAAGCGCAACAAUUUUCAAAAACGUCAGCAGCUGGCGGGUUUUGCCCAUGCUGAGCGCCAAUGCUCGAUAGUUUUUCUGCACUCAGCGCUGAGGGUUGAAAAAUAUUCAACUUGGGUCAAUGUCACUACUCACUCGACGAUCCAAUCACAGUGGAGGAGGGGCGGGACAAAUAUCACAACAACCAACAGCGCAUCGUUCAACGACUGAUAAACAAAGCAGAAGUAUCAUAGCAACCAAGCGCUUAGCUGAAAAAAGCUGGCAAGCGCCUACAGUCAACGUCCGCCUGGUGUUUUCAGCCUCGUUUAAACGCUUUGUUGUACACGCCCCCUAAUAAUAAAAAUAUUGUCACUAUUUUCUCACUUCUAUGUCAUUCCAACUCUACUCUUCUGUUUUCCAUAUAGGAAAAGUGGAUGGUGACUUACAAUGCCAACUUUUUAAAAGCACUACAACAUAUCCUACACAAUUUGAGAGUUCAGGAAUUGGAUAUUGGGCACACACAAAAAGUAUACUUUGGUUGCAAUUUGUUCCAAAGUAUUUGCCUAAUGCAUAAAAAAAAUUGUUUCACACCUUGCAAGUCAGUUUAAGAUUCACUCAUUUCAUUCCAGGCAACUUUCAAAACACAUAGACAUAUUAAUAAAAAUGGCUUGUUUUUGUUAUGAUUUGCCUGGGUCAUGUUAGAGGCGGUGUGACUUUGAUUCUCUUAUGAACAUACAGUGAAAGUGCAUUUAACCUAUCCCAGUGAGUACCAGUGAACACACACACACACACACACACACUAUUACUGCAGUGCCCAGGGAGCAAUCGGGAUAGAGGUGCCUUGCUUAAGGGCAUCAGUCACAACACCGGCCAUGAAAACCGGCAACCUUCUGGUUAAUCCAACUCUCUAUCUUAACGCCACAACUGCAACCAUAUGCUUAAGAAGUAUGAAAAAUAUUUUCUUAUGCAAACUGGUAAAUUUCCCAGCUGUGUUAAGAUCUCCCUCUUAAGUGACUUAAGCUAAUUUCCUAUUAAAAACAAUUUCUCUGCCCUUGCUUCUUUUUUCAUUCAUAGAAGGGAGAAACUAGAAUACAUGAAAAUGAAAGCGUAAUGCACCUCUCCACCACUACUUUGUAUUUUGUAGUACUAUAAGCUUGACAGAAUAAUUCACACUUAUUUUCAUUGUAUAGAUGAUAUCAGCUCAGACAUUCUGGUUAUGAUCUGAUUUUGUGCUUUUACAGAAUAAAAACAACAAAUCAUGCGUAAAUCAUCAAUAAAUGUCAAUAUUAAAAUUUUUGGGGUGAACUAUUCCAUUUAUUUUUUUAAAGGUUUAUAGGAAGAUGACUAAAUUGUAUUGAACUGUCCACAUAAGUGUCUGUUUUCUAAUAACUUUUUUCAUUUUUAUUUAAUUUUAAUUUUAUGUCCAUUCAUUUUCUUUAAAGGUUUAUACGAAGAUGACUAAAUUGUAUUGAAUUGUCCACAUAAGUGUCCGUUUUCUAAUAAUUAUUUUAUGUUUACCAAUUUACACAGUAAAGUUUUAUUGUUUUGCAUUUACUUACACAGUGAAAGUAUUUGUCUGUCAAAAUGAAUUAAAUUAAAAUAAUAAAUAAUAUUACAGAAACAAUGAAUGCCUUACAACAUCUGCUGUUUUCAACUGCACUUUUGGUUUAAAUGUGCUGUAUUGCUAAAACCAAGUUUUUCAUCAGA